AUGUUGUCACAGGACAGUAAUGAUGACACUGAGGAUGUUUCCCUGUUCGAUACGGAAGAGGAGACAGUUAGUAGACCAAGAAAAUCCAAAAUCAGACAUCCAGUGGCAUCAUUUUUCCAUUUGUUCUUUCGAGUCAGUGCAAUUGUAGUCUAUCUUCUCUGUGAAUUGCUCAGCAGCAGCUUUAUUGCCUGUAUGGUGACCAUUAUCUUGUUGUUGUCAUGUGACUUUUGGGCAGUGAAGAAUGUCACAGGUAGACUGAUGGUAGGCUUACGUUGGUGGAAUCAUAUUGAUGAAGAUGGAAAGAGCCAUUGGGUGUUUGAGUCCAGGAAGACAUCCUCUGAAGAAAAUAAAACUGUUUCGGAAGCUGAAUCCAGAAUCUUUUGGUUAGGACUUAUUGCCUGUCCAGUGCUAUGGGUGAUAUUUGCCUUCAGUGCUCUCUUCUCCUUCAGAGUCAAAUGGCUGGCAGUGGUUAUCAUGGGUGUGGUGCUGCAAGGUGCCAACUUGUAUGGUUACAUCAGGUGUAAAGUGGGCAGCAGAAAGAAUUUAACCAACAUGGCAACUUCGUAUCUUGGAAAGCAAUUUUUAAGACAAAACGCUGGAGGUGAUCAGACUACCUGAGUAGAGAGAAAGCUUGUGUGUUUCUCUUACAUUGGGGAGCAACUGAAGAGACUCUUGACUGAGCCUUUUAGCACUCAGUCCAUGUUGCAAAGAGGAGUGUUGGGUUUGUUUUUCCACUUAAAACUUUAUUUGAAAAGAAGGAGUUUUCAUCUUCAGUUUUUAUUUUCUUUCUAGCAGUUGGGGCUAGACAGUAUGGUGUCACUAGAAACACUGUCAGCAUUUGUUUUAUGGUAUAUGUACGUAGUCAUGUAAUUCCAGUGUGUCCCAAAUUAGUGAAGGGUUUGUGUCCAUUCAUGUAACAGAAACCUUUGCAUUUUGAUCUGUAGAAUGUGGGUGGAUGUUUUUAGUCUGUCUCAAAGCUCUGUGUGUUUAUAUAUUAUUUCUAGAUUAUUUUCAGAAGUAAGUUUUGAUUCCAUGGUAAGAGUGGGCACUUUGGCUUGUGUAUAAGUAAUGUAUAAUUGUUAGUUUCUAGUAUGUAUUUCAUAGUGAAUUUU